AGUUAAACAGGCAGUCACAGACUCUGUCAGACAUUCACUUCAAGGAGUCGUGGAAAGUUCUUCAUGUGGAUUACUGUUUAUGAAAUGACUGGACAGUUGAAGAUCAAUCUGAGAGGGCUAACGUGAAAAAUUGGCAAACAACAAAUAGAAAAGGUCCAAAGAUCAAACCUCACCCCCGGCUGAUGAAAUGGAGGCCUUCAACUUUACUCCUACGGAAUCUCUCUACUCAAAUGGAACAGAUCUGCCUUUAGAGAGCCUGGACAGGAUUGUGGAGGUGGUCUUCAUGAUUAUAGGUCUUGGUUCUCUGAGCUUGAUUACAAUAAUCGGUAAUAUCUUGGUCAUUGUCUCGAUAAAAGUCAACAGGAAUCUCCAAACAGUCAACAAUUAUUUCCUGUUUAGCCUGGCCUGUGCAGAUUUAAUCAUCGGCCUCUUCUCCAUGAACCUCUACACAGUCUACAUAGUGUUUGGCUAUUGGCCACUUGGCCCAGUCAUAUGUGACCUGUGGUUGGCCCUUGACUAUGUCAUGAGCAAUGCAUCAGUAAUGAACCUGCUAAUAAUAAGCUUUGAUCGUUAUUUCUGUGUAACCAAACCACUCAGUUACCCAGUAAACAGAACCACAAAAAUGGCAGGUAUGAUGAUAGCAGCAGCAUGGAUACUCUCGUUCAUAUUGUGGGCUCCAGCCAUCCUUUUUUGGCAGUUCGUUGUAGGUGAGCGGACAGUUCCAGAAGGGGAGUGCUACAUUCAGUUCUUCUCCAAUGCAGUGGUGACCUUUGGUACAGCCAUUGCUGCCUUCUAUGUGCCUGUGAUCACCAUGAUAGUGCUGUACUGGCAGAUCUCCAAGGCCAGCCGGAGUCGUGUGAGGAGGCCGAACAGGAGGGUAUCCGGUGACAGUCAGGACACUUAUCAGGGUGGCUACAACCCAGGAGCCAAUCAGGGCAGAAGUAAAGAAAGCAAGGCUGGGAGCAAGGCGGGCGAAGAGAAACAGACGCACACGUUAGAUGCUGGUGCUGAGGAUGCCACCACUGGAGAGGACCAGGAGACAGAGAACGAGUCCACAUCAGGCAGCGUCCUUGCUUCAUCCAAUCACAAAGAGGAGGAGGUCGAUCCUCUGGGGAGCGAUGGAGAUGCCCAAACCCAACAGUCACAUCAGAACCAGAACAAAACCAGAGCCAGCUGGUCCAAACUCACGUGUAUCAGAUCACCAUCCCAACCACCAUUAGGAAACAUCUAUACACCUCCUGACAGGAAGGUGGAGGCAUUCCCUGAAGGACCAAGUUCAGUUCCUCAGAGGAUCCUAAAAUCGACUCUCCAACCACCCAAAAAGAGAAAGCGGAGAAGUAUACCGUCCCGUGAGCAGAAAGUCACACGGACCAUCAUGGCUAUUCUGGUGGCGUUUGUGGCUACUUGGACUCCCUACAAUGUGAUGGUGCUCAUUAACACGUUUUGCACCAGCUGCAUUCCAAACUCCGUGUGGACCUUCGGCUACUGGCUCUGCUACAUCAACAGCACAGUCAAUCCAGCCUGCUACGCCCUUUGCAACAUCACCUUCAAAAACACCUUCAAACACCUCUUGCUGUGCCGAUACAAAAAUAACCGCUCAUUUAAAUAAAGGAAGGUGCUAAAAUGAAGGAAUCUUAAUAUGUAAAUGUUUAGAGGUUUAAAAGAAGGAAUCCUUGUCAUUGACACCUUUGAGCCAGUUUAAUCAGAUAUCAGAUCCUGGAUCAGAUUGCAUUGGGCCAUCCAAUAAGGCCCAGGCUAAAAUCUCCUGAAGUUUCCCUUUAAGGGGUAGGUAACAUGCACACGCAGCAGAGAGGCCACACAGAGCAAAAACUCUCCUUUAGCGCCCUUUCUGGCAUUUUGUGCCCUAGGCAACCGUCUAUGUAGCCUAUGCACCUGUGUUGUGUGCAAAUGUACACAUUAGUCUUAAAGACAUUUACGUAUGUCAUUUUAUCAUUUCAAUCCAGCUUAGAAUGCGAUAAUCAUCACCAGUGGUGGCUUAACUGUAAUAUCUUGAAUCGUUGCCCCACAAUAGGCUGUUGUAGUAAUAAUUGAGACUAUUUGGUGUGAAAACAUGGGUGAAAACAUUACAAACUUAACAUUAAAAAAACAUUACAAACAUUACAUUACAAACUUACAUGUAACGUACACUACUAUGACAUGACAUGUUCAAGUUACAUCUUUCUAUUUUGUAAUUCAAGGAC